AUGUUACAUUGUUUUCUUCUCCGUCAUCUUCGAUAUUCAACACCGAAACCUCUUUCUUCGUUUCGACGAUCUCAUUCAUUAUACCCGCUAACCAUCCGUGAGAUCUUCGAACAAAAACCACUCAACCAAUCGGUAAAUCUCACCGGUUAUCUGCUCAAUAUUCGAAAGCAGAAAACUCAUUAUUUCCUCGAUCUAUUCGAUGGCUCGUUAACGAACAAUCAAAAACACUUACAAGUCGUUGCACCAUUAAAUGCUCACCCAAGCUUACCUCAUCUCACCUACGGCUGUUCUGUAAACAUUCAAGGAAAGCUUAUUCCAAGUGAUCAUCCGAAACAAGAGUAUGAAUUCAUCGCUGAGCAAAUCAAGUUAAUUAACUCGUGCGAUGCAUCGAACUAUCCAUUCAAACCAAAAUCUAACGAAACACUCGUCACAUUACGUCAAGAUGAACAUCUCCGUUUGCGUUCAAAACUUAGCCAAGCUAUUUUUCGUUUACGAAGUCAAUUGAUGUACAGUAUACAUGAGUAUUUUCAAGAACAGAGAUUUAUACAGAUUCAAACACCGUGUUUAACUCGAAAUGACUGUGAGGGUGGCGGAGAAACCUUUCGUAUUCAACCGUACAAAUCAAGAACAACGGGAAAAGACAAGGAAUAUUUCGAUACGCAAGUUUAUUUAACUGUUUCAGGACAAUUACAUCUUGAAACAGCAGCUAAUGGCUUUGGUCGUGUUUACACAUUGAAUCCAACAUUUCGUGCAGAUAAGAACUUCAGUCGAUUUCAUCUCGCCGAAUUUUGGAUGUUAGAAGUCGAAGUUGCAGGUCUAACCCAACUCGAUAAACUUCUUGAUAUAUAUGUUCAUCUUUUACGUACUGUUGCUGGUCAAGUUCAUAAGAAAUGUUCGGAAGAAUACAAACAUCUAUUGACACACAACAUUCAACCGAAAUAUCUCGAACAACUCCUCAAUCAGACCGAAUUUCCGCGAAUAACCUACCAACAAGCUGUAGAAUAUCUACGAAAAAGUGCUGAUUUCCAUCAAUUUUCCGACAAUGAUGAUUUCACUCGUGCACAUGAACAUUAUCUAUGUGAAACAGUGAUGAAUAACCAAGCGUUUUUCAUCAUUAACUAUCCGAAAAAGCUGAAACCAUUCUAUAUGUUAGUGAACGAAGACGAAUCGACCGUUGCCAACUUUGACUUCAUUUUUCCAUCCAUUGGUGAACUAUCCGGUGGAAGUCUUCGAGAGCAUCGUUACGAACAGUUUAAACUAUGUUUAGAUGAACUAGAUAUCACACGUGAUCUACAAUGGUAUCUGGAUUUGAGACGAUUCGGAGGUUUACCAACCGGUGGUUUUGGUUUAGGUAUCGAAAGAUUUCUAAUGGCUCUUACUGGUAUUGAUAAUGUUCGAGAUGUGAUUUUGUUUCCUCGUUAUUAUCGACAUUGUGAUGCAUAA